CUCCGCAGCCCUGUACAGUCCGCCGCUCGUUGCUCACUAACCAUCCUCUCACCAGUCCGGGUGCGACCGUUCACUAUCCGCGAGGCUGCCCAACUGUGAGCUGCCCCGCGACCCUCAACAUCGACUCCCGAAGCGACUCCCACCGCAAGUGGCUGACACAAGAGCAGAGUCAAGAAUGACGACAGCACACUCUUCCUCGGCGACGGCUCGCUGGCCGCGGCUCCCACUCCCAAGCUGAACCAACGAGGGAUAAGAUCAGUCAUCAAGGUUGUGGAUGACCGUUGUUUGUAUGUGCCCCGCCCAGAUGAGGUUCGUAUCCUCGUGGGCUGACCGAGAUGUGCAGGGUUUUCGACCCCCCGGAAGACAGCCCCGUCCAGAAGUUCAGCCGAUCGGUUGUCCCAAACGCCGGCAAGAAAGUCAAAGACCAAGUCUUCGCAUUCGACCGCAUAUUCGACGAAAAUGCCACCCAGACUGACGUCUACGAAGGAACGACCAAGGGCCUGCUGGACAGCAUCCUCGACGGCUACAACGCCACCGUGUUCGCAUACGGCGCCACGGGCUGCGGCAAGACACACACCAUCACCGGCACCGCACAGCAGCCGGGCAUUAUCUUCCUCACCAUGCAGGAAUUGUUCGAGAAGAUCCAGGAGCGCAGUGAUGAAAAGGUGACCGAGGUGUCGCUGUCGUACCUUGAAAUCUACAACGAGACCAUCCGCGACCUGCUGGUCCCCGGCGGUGGCAAGCAGGGAUUGACGUUGCGCGAGGACUCGAACCAGGCCGUCACGGUCGCCGGCUUGACCAGCCAUCACCCGAAGGACGUGCAGGAGGUCAUGGACAUGAUCGUGCAGGGCAACGAGUACCGAACCGUAUCGCCUACCGCGGCGAACGCUGUCUCAUCGCGGUCCCAUGCCGUGUUGCAGAUUAACGUGGCCCAGAGGGACCGGAAUGCCCCCGUCAGCGAGCCCCACACCAUGGCCACCUUGAGCAUUAUCGAUCUCGCCGGCAGCGAGCGCGCCAGUGCCACCAAGAACCGGGGCGAGCGCUUGAUCGAGGGCGCCAACAUCAACAAGUCCCUGCUGGCGCUGGGAAGUUGCAUCAACGCGCUGUGCGACCCGCGGAAGCGGAACCACGUGCCGUACCGCAAUAGCAAGCUCACACGCCUGCUCAAAUUCUCGCUGGGCGGCAACUGCAAGACGGUCAUGAUCGUGUGCGUCAGCCCGUCGAGCGAGCAUUAUGACGAAACGCAGAACACGCUGCGCUACGCCAACCGGGCCAAGAACAUCCAGACCAAGGUUACCCGCAACGUCUUCAACGUCAAUCGGCACGUCAAGGACUUCCUGGUCAAGAUCGACGAGCAGAUGGCACUCAUCAACGAGCUCAAGGCGCAGCAGAAGGAGGCCGAGAAGACCCAUUUCGCCAAGUUCCGGAAGCAGAUGGACAAGCGGGAUGCUGUGGUGCGGGAGGGCAUCUUGCGCUUGCGCGCUGCGUACGAGAACGCCGCGUCCGAGAGGCAAGAGAAGGUGAACCUCAUGAAGAAACUGAAGGCCAUCGAGCGGCGGAUUGGACUGCUCUCGGCCUGGAUUGCGGCCUUUGACGCGGUGUGCGAUUCCCGCGGCGACGAGGAGGCGAUGCCAUCCAACCUGGCCGCCAUGCGCAAAACGGCGCACGGUAUUCUGAUGGAGCUGGAGAGCAGCAGGCACCACAUCCACCAGAGACUGGAGCGGUCGCACUGGGAGCGUGUCUUGGACACGGCCUUGAACCACAGCAUCUCGCAGCUCCCGACGGACGACGGCCUUGUCGAUGGUUCGGAGCGUGACACCCUGGCGCGCGAAGCAGAGAUGCUCAAGACCAGCUUCAUGCGGGAAGCAUACAGAGAGGUGUUGGAGCAGGACAAGGCUGGUGAUGCGGCGGUCCUGCAGGUGCUGCUUACUGCUCAGUUCGAGAUCCUGUCUUCGAUGUCCGAGACCCUCAAUAUGAGCGAGGAGGAGGCCGUCGCCCACGCCAAGACGAUGAUUAGCCGCCUCCUCGAGACCGGCUACUCGGCGGUGUCGCAUGUCGUCAAGCCCGACGGCUCCAUGAUGCCCGUAGAAAUGUUCCCGCCAACCAAGCGCGGCACUCCGAAGCGGAAGAAGUCGCUCAACAUCCACCCCAAGCCCAUCCCGGUCCCUAAUCUCCCGGCUGCCCAGCAACAGGCGAUCGCUUCACCGAUCAAGGUAUCGCCGAGGCGGCGCAAGAUUGGCGCCGGACGCAAGGGUGUCACGUUUACUCCGGUGAAGAAGAAGCACUCGGUGCGCUGGCGGGAUGACGAGAGCGAGCAAGGAACCCUGGCCGACUUCGAGAAGACGCCGCAGAAGUUCUCAUCGCCCGAGGAGCCGUCUCCCGAGAAGGCGCUUCCCACCCAACCUCCGGUGCCCUACUACCUCAACCACAUGGACUCUCCCCAAAACUCUAGCCCGACUCUCGCCCCCCCUGACGUAUCAACGCUGUCCAUCGGCAAACCGAACCGGUUCCAGGCCGGCUUCCUAUCCAAAACACGGGCAUCGCAGCCGAGCAACGGCACGAGCAAUGGCUCGCCCGUGCCCCCCAAGCUAUCCCUCAACCUGACCGGGUCCUCCGAUACCGAAGACCGGCCAUCGCCGUUGCGGACACUGCCCGUGGGCCGGGCUACUAACUCGCUCUCGCCGCCGCCCGCAACGCAGCACAGCAGUCCCAAGCCCGCAAGCAUGCUCUCCACCCUGAACGAGAACGGGAACGAGAACGAGCCGCCUCGCCGAAGCUCCCCGGCCUCGCGGCUCCCCCGCGCCUCAUACGGCUCCGGCUCGGACUCGGAAAUCGACCCGCUCAAAAUCCGCUCCGCCCUGCAAUCCGCCAAGCGCCGCGACCGGCUGUCGCUCAUGGCGGGCACCGCCUCGUCCAACGCGAAGCGCAUCUCGUCCGUCGGUUCCAAUUCGAGCCUGUCCGGCCAUCGCCGCGCCUCAGCAAGUUACUCGGGCCCGUCCCUGGCCAGCUCCGCCAACGGCAUCUCGCGCUACCGCCGGAGCAGCGUCGAGCGGAGGCGCUCGCCGCCACGACCGAUCGCCUGCUCGCCGCCGUCGACUCAUCCUCAGGCGGGAGACUCGUCGUCUGCGGGCGGCGCCGGCCCGGCGUUGAGGAGCUUGACGCCCGGCCAGGCGAGGCGGAUGAAUAUGGGCGGCAGCUUCAGGCUGGAGAGGGAGCGCGAGAGGAGCAGUCCCCUGUCUUCGUCGUCAUCGGGGGCUGCUGCCGACGGGGUCGGCCCGCUGGGCUUGAGCGGGGUCAGUGGCAAGGCUAGGAGGAUUACCAUUGGCGCUGGCGGCUCCCUGCCGGAUGGGACGGCGAACGGGAGCGGGAAUGGCGGUGCUGCCGGCGGACCUGGUGCGCUCAGGCAGCGGCCGAGUAUGGUGUGGAGGUGAAACAGUACUGUGUAAGACAGAGAGGGAGACAAGGGUGUUGUUUGCUUUGGUUGGGUUUGGGCAUAUUGCAUACUACCUCCACCCUUCUUUCCCCUCUCGACGCGGGGUGGGUGGAGAGUGGAGCUGGCGUCGGGCAAGACACUUUACUGACAGGGACUGAAGGGCUGCGGGGUACCUUACCUGUUCGUCACUUCUCUCCCUCUUUUUACA